AUGGGGAUAACACAUCAACUGAGCUCCGCCAACACAAGCUUGAAAAACACAAAUUUAUUGCCCAAAACUCACCAAUUUCGACUCAUAACGUGAUACCACGAGAUGGGAAAGAAAUCUAAGCACCAGGAAGCCGUGAAGCCAGCAGGGGCCCGCGACAUCUGAGACUUUCUCCUCCGCCCCGUGAAGGCCGGGAAAACCUGCACCAAACUACUAUGGCGACACAACCUCGGCCUCCUCAGGAGAACAAGCACUGGACGAUCUGGAUGAGUUCCCAAGCACAGGGGGCUUACACAAUGCCUCCUCAGAUGAGGACAACAAACUACCCUCUACGAAGGGAGACAUCAAAGCUCUCCUAUGUAAUAUCCGCAUGCUGUUUGCAGCAGACGUGGCAGUACUGAGAGAAGAUAUACACACUGUGGAAGGCCGGGUCAAAAAAACAGAGGAAGCAUCACAAGGCCUCACCGCUAGAUGCACGCAAUUAGAGGCCCAAAAUGCAGAGCUACAACGCAGCCAGGCCCUACUCGCUGCCCGCAUGGACACGGUGGAGGACCCAAACAGAAGCAGGAACAUAAAGAUCCAAGGGGUCCCUGAUUCAAUAUCCCAAGACACCCUGGCACAAUUCAUCGGGAGGCUCCUCACCUCCUUACUCACGCCGCAGCAGGUGAAAACAAUCGGAAUAGAUGGAAUGUACCGCAUCACGAGAGCGACCAAAACCCCAGCGGACACCCCGAGGGAUGCUAUCCUGCAACUACAGAUGAGAUCAGCCCAGCUGACCCUCAUGGUAAGGGGGAGGAAUACUUACCCCUUUAAGAAAGCCACUCUGUCCUUCUUCCGAGAUCUGUCCAGACCCACUCUGAUAUGGAGAAGCCUCCUCAAACCCCUGACCACCGCACUCCACCAGCAUGCAAUACCAUACCGCUGGGCAUCACCCAGAAGCCUGAUUAUUACACAAGGGGGUGCAAUAACACGGGUAACUGACCCCUCGGAAAUGGACACAGUACUCACAGCGCUGGACCUGUCACCGCAACAGGAGCAUGCAACCCCAGCUCAGGGACCACAGACCCCACACACAUGGGACAUAGCGAACAUCAGACCAUUUCACCCAGAAGGCCCCACCACCACGUCCUCCAUGGCCUACAAGGCACAACGGGCAAACCGGCAACCUACUGGCACUUGA